UGCUAUAUUCUUCGUCAAUUAUUAGUGUAUAGAAUAUUAACUAUUAUAUAAGAGCGUCAAACGACUUCUCGGGAAUACACUUGGCAACGUUGCGUUGCGCUUCAGUGUGACCGGUCCUUGCGCGUCUUCGCGUCGUCACAUAGAUUAUAUUCAGCGCGCACACGGAGAUCGGGGUAACAACCGACCCGAGUCAGGAGUUGAUCUCUCGUUACCUCGACGCGGAAGCGUGCCCGCGCGAAGAAUAGGAGCGACCGAGGAGGAACGGCGAGGAAGACGAGAAAAAGUGAGAUAUUCACCGUCGCGCAACCGCCGUUUAAUUAUGACGACCGUAGAUUCGGACGACGAUAUCGAGAAGCUGCCGCAUAUACAGUGGGACAGUACGGCGGUUCCCGGGCCAUCCGGCUGCAUGUUCCCCGGCGAGAUGACGCCAUUGGAAUGCCAAAUAGCCGGUCAUCCCUUCAAUGGCGAGAAACAAACUAUCGGUAUGUUGGUAUGCAGAUGGACUGAAAAGACUCGGAGCCGAUAUAAAGGCCGAUUUUGUACAAAAAGAAAAAUCAAGUCAAUAGAGAAUGUUCUUGUUGCUAACAAACAAAGACACGCGUCAUAUCAAAAACCAGCUGAGAAUAAUACUGGACGUCGACUAAUAGAUUUGCACUUGCUCGUCGAUGAGUUGUGCAAGUCAUGUAACGUUCCAACAUCGCUGCGGCAUGUAUAUAACGAAAAAGAGAAUCGUAUUGGACUUGCCAGCAUCUUUUACAUCACUUGCCAGCUAUGUCAGAGGGUAUAUCAAGUCAACACGUCAAAAAUAGAAGAAUCGUCAAGAUUUUCGAAACCAACAUACACAGUUGAUACUACAUAAUAAUUGAUACAAGUAGUUGAUACUACAUAAUUGUAUUUUGUGGGAUAUUACAGGAUAUGUUAUCUGCUAAAUAAAAAAUAAUAGUAGUUUUAAAAAUGUAAUUUCCCUGAAUUACUGUCCCAUUGCAUUUUUCAAAAUAAAAUGUACUAAAAAAUCUACAAAAAUUCACGCAGAAUUGUUUUGUGGGAUAUUACAGAAUGU